GUAUAUAUAUAUCAUGUCUCCUAUAAUUAACAGCACCUUAGAUGAAGAUGAAUUCGAUGAUUAUCAUGAAGAACGCAAGUCUUCCGUAUCUUCUAGCAACUUCAAUCCCAAUUUCUACAAUCCAUUUGAAAUUAAGCAUCGUAGACGUACCUCACGUGGACAGUUCAAAAUACUUGAAAAGGCAUUCAUUGACAAUCCCAAGCCUAAUGCCAAAACAAGACAAGAAUUGGCCGACAGUUUAUCAAUGACUCCGCGUGGUGUCCAGGUUUGGUUCCAAAACCGACGUGCAAAAGCCAAGCAGCAACUAGAAAAUAAAAAAUCUCAUGACAACAUAAUUGAUGACCUUCAAGUAUCUUCACCCGUUGUAUUAUCAUCAUCAGGUAUGGCCCAUAGCAGAUCACAAUCUUCUUCUUCUUCUUCAACCUCGUAUUCAGUCAAUCACGUGACCCUUUCACCUUCUGUAUUACCUGUACCUGUACCAUCUCAUAAACAUAAUCAAGCAUGGUUUAGUGAUGCUGCAUCAACCGUAACAGAGGAAAUAGUUUCCUCUUCACCUUUGUUAUUGACACCCCCUCAACAAAAACAACAAGAUGACUAUUGCUGGUGGAUUGAUGAUGUAUCUGGUAUCAUUAGCGGUCAGCCGACACUUUUCAAUGCACCAACAGAUACUGAUCCUUUUACUUCUGCAGCAACAGAAGAUCAUCCAUUGGACGCAUGGGCUUACAUUAAUAGUCUUCAAACUAACACCAAUGCCAAUCACAGUUCUUUUUUACAUGCACAUAAUCGAAACGUAGCUAACUGGAUUUCCUCAACCAAAGAAGCCUGUAGUGAUAAUAACGUAUUAGUCAUGUUGGAGCACCAGAAAAGACAGCCGCUUAUCGAGCAAAACGACCAAAUUAUGCGACGCUUUUCCGAGCCAUCUGAAAUGGUAAACUCCUAUUAUAACAUCAACUUAUAAUCAACUCUCUUACAAGACCUUAUGCCUUUAUUUAUGACUAUGCUUUACUUUUUUUUCUUCUUCCCCUCUCCCCUAUCUUUUAUGACCCGGCCGGGUGAACCUUAUGAAUUCUUUUAUUACCAAGCAAAUUAUUUAUUCCCAUUUUUUUUUUAGUUC